AUGGUCACAGAAAAUGGAGAGUUUCGAUAUCCGCCUCGUUCGGCACAACAUGAUAUCCCGAGCCGUCGCAAGAUCCCUAAUCCACCCCGCCUCGAUCCGUUGAGGAUCAAUCCUCCCUCGCCGACACGCCCCUCGACCGCCGACGCGCCGCGGCGACCCCCUGCUAACCGUCGACCUCCGGCCCCUCGAUCCCCUCGCCGAUACCCUCCUCCACCCAGGUUCCCGGAUGAUCCGUUCUCACGCCCGGUGUCCCCCCAGGUGGGGGUCGGGGGUGACCGUGCUGGGCGGAUGCCGACAUAUCGGGCCCCGCCCUUCCCCGUGGCCCCCCACGACCGUCGCCCCAACUAUCCCGGCAGGGACAGCUCCCUCGAACCCCCCGCCCACCGCAAAACGCCCCCCCGUCAGCCGAGGCUGCGGACGUCCAUGUCCUCGUCGAAGCUGAGAGCGAAGCGCCCCAAACCGCCCAACGAUCAGGGUCUGUUGCCUCGAUCGAUCCCCAAUGGGUCGCCCGACGCCCACGCCGAUAGUCCGCUGCGGUCGAGUGUGAAUUCGGCCAUGACGUCGCAGUCCAGCUUCGAACACAACAGUGGCACGGAAAGGAGCAGUGUCCUCACCAAGAGCAGCUCGUUGACCGACUUGUCUCCCGAUACGCCCGGCGGGCCGUUUGAGAAGGACGAAGGAAUGAGCGUCGAAGAUGCUAUCUCCAUGUACCUGGAUGGGUUCAGUGAUGUCACGGAAGAGCCGGGCUCCCCCGACUUGUAUGGCGAACCCAAGCAACGGCCGUGGAGUCCGCCCGCAGAGAUCUCUUUGGACGAUUUGCGUCCGACGGAGGAGCCGCGUUUGUCAGAGGAAGCUGCUGCCAACGACAAGGAUCUGCCCUCACUCCCACCGUUUCCCGAGGCGGGUGCACCCGACCGAAGCCCCCAGGAAGAGCAGUUUUUGGGCGAGUCCAACUCAGACACGAAGCCGCAGGAGGAACCCUUGGACGCGCGUGGAAUCGACCCCCCUCGUGCCAGCGAGCAAACGCCCCAGACGGUGGUGAUCCCCGGCAGUGUGCCACCACCCUUGGUGAUGGGCACCGAGACUCGAGACCGCUACGGGUUCCGGAAGACGAGCCAUCACGUCACCGCGCAAAUGUACGAGGCAUGGAACGCACCGUAUGCCGAAUCGAUGGCGAUCCACCGGGUCAAAUGGGCGGAAAUGCUCCGUGGGCAUGGACUGCCCACCAAUGACCCGACCAUCUUCCCGCCCAAAUCCAACAAAGUCAAGCGGUUUGUGCGCAAAGGGAUCCCUCCGGAGCAUCGCGGGGCGGCGUGGUUCUUCUACGCGGGCGGGUACGACCUGCUGCAGGAGAAUCCCGGCGUGUACGACCGGCUGGUGGAACAGACCAUGGGAUCCCCCACCAACGACGACAAGGAGCACAUCGAGCGCGACCUGCACCGCACCUUCCCGGACAACGUCCAUUUCAAACCCGACUCCGCCGACUCCGCGGGUGGCAGCAACCCGGGGCAUGGAUCGGUGACGGUCGAGACCGAGAUGAUCCAAUCGCUCCGCCGGGUGCUCUACGCCUUCUCGCUCCACAGUCCCCAGGUGGGCUACACACAGUCCCUCAACUUCAUCACGGGGAUGCUGCUUCUGUUCCUCCCCGAGGAGAAGGCCUUCUGGAUGCUGCACAUCAUCACCUCCGUCUACCUCCCCGGCACCCACGAGAUCAGUCUCGAGGGGGCCAAUAUCGACCUCUGGAUUCUGAUGGUCCUCCUGAGAGAUUCAGCGCCCCAGAUCUACAACAAGAUCACCGGGUCCCAGCCGGGACGGCACAAGUCGCCGCCACCACUCACGGUGAGCUCCCGCUUGCCAGACAUUACCCUGGGCUUGACCAACUGGCUCAUGUCGGUCUUCAUCGGGACCUUGCCCGUCGAGACGACCCUGCGUGUCUGGGAUGUCUUCUUCUACGAAGGGUCCAAAACGUUCUUCCGCGUGGCCUUGGCCAUCUUCAAGGCCUGUGAGAAGGACAUCCUGGCGGUUUCCGACCCGAUGGAGGUCUUCCAGGUGGUCCAGGCGGUCCCCAAGAGACUUCUGGAUGCCAACACCCUGGUGGACGAUUGUUUCGUGAGACGCCACCGGUUUGGCCAGGGUCGCAUCGACGAACUCCGCAACUCACGCCGAGCGGCAGUGCGGCAGGAGAAGCUUCGACGAUCGGCGGCUUUCAGUAAAGGUCAUCUCCAAGCGGCGACGGAUGAAUGGCGGACGAAUCGGGCCAAGACCCCGAUCCAGGAAGUGGAGCGCAGCUUUGUCGAUUCCUGGCGACACAUGAAACACCAUGCAUUUAGGUGA